CGGCGGCGCCGCCUCGCCCGCCGGGUCCGCCGCUACGCCGAGACCAAGGACUCGGGCAGCUUCCUGCUGCGCAACCUCAAGGACGCGGAGCGCAUGCAGCUGCUGCUCACGCUCGCCUUCAACCCCGAGCCGCUCGACCUGCAGAGUUUUCCAUCUGAUGAGGGCUGGCCAUUUGCUAAAUACCUAGGAGCAUGUGGAAGAAUGGUGGCUGUCAACUACGUUGGAGAAGAACUAUGGAGUUACUUCAAUUCACCAUGGGAAAAACGAGUGGACCUGGCCUGGCAGUUAAUGGAAAUAGCAGAGCAACUGACUAACAAUGACUUUGAAUUUGCACUCUACCUCCUUGAUGUUAGUUUUGACAACUUUGCAGUUGGACCUAGAGAUGGGAAGGUUAUUAUUGUAGAUGCAGAAAAUGUUCUGGUGGCAGACAAAAGGUUAAUCAGACAAAAUAAACCUGAAAACUGGGAUGUGUGGUACGAAAGCAAGUUUGAUGACUGUGAUAAGGAAGCUUGCCUGUCCUUUUCAAAGGAGAUUCUUUGUGCUCGUGUCACUGUGGACCACAAUUAUUAUGCCAUUUGUCAGAACCUUUUAUCAAGACAUGCCACAUGGCGUGGCACUUCUGGAGGACUACUUCAUGACCCUCCAGCUGAAAUUGCCAAAGAUGGCCGACUUGAGGCCUUGCUGGAUGAGUGUGCCAACCCAAAGAAGCGAUACGGUAGAUUCCAAGCUGCAAAAGAACUACGUGAAUACCUUGCACAACUGAGUAAUAAUGUGAGGUAGUUCAUGGUGAAGCUCCUCUUUUGUAACACUGGCUAUAACACUGUCGCAAAGACGCAUGGAAAAAUGAGGUCUUGAACUUACAUAGUCAAAAGGAAACUUAAAAGAAUUAAAGUAGCUGAUCAAUUUUAUAAAUGCCAUAAUUAAUUUUAUGGUGUUUUGAUGAUGUUCCUCUCCAAACUGACAAGGUACUUACCGAAUUAAAACUUGAGCUACUAUUGACUGUUCUCCCUCAUUGUUAAAGAGGGGAGUUGGAUGAGAUAAGACUGUGAUAGCUUAAUUGACAGCUUGUUCAUCAAAGGAUACUUUACAUAAAACUGCAUUAGUAUUACAGUUUUGUGAAGUUGAUGCUUUUACUUGGAAAGUCAAAUUAGACUGGCCUGUUUUAAAGGCCUUUUCCUGAUGUCAUUGUUUCCAUUUUUGUGUUUAAAUGCCUUUUAAGUAGCAUUUACAAACAUACAGGUAAAUCUAGGUGUUUUCAUUGUUUCAAACUUAACAAGCUUUCAUUUUAAUGCUGUGCAGUACAUUUUUACUGUGAGCACAGGAUUCCCAUGUUUACUGUCUAAUCUUAUUUCUUUUCACUGUAUUUUAUUGUGUGUAUUUUUUAAAGGAUAUGGACAUAAAAAGAUUCAAAUGUCAUACGAA